AUGAUUAUUGUGAUGGUACAGUUUUGUCAUCGAGUUGUACCAAAUUUUAUUGUACAAGGUGAUGAUCCAACUGGAACAGGUGAAGGAAGUGAAUUAGCAACUGGUGAAUUCUUUGCAGAUGAAUUUCAUACACGUUUACGUUUUAAUCGUCAGGUCUUUACUCCAGAACUUGAUAAAAAGAAUACAUUAUUUGGUAAAGUUGUUGGUAAUACUUUAUUUAAUAUGUUGAAAUUAGACCAAGGAGAAAUUGUCGGUGAAACACCAGAACAUAAACAUGAAAUAAUUAAAGCCGAUAUUAUAUCAAAUCCAUUUGAUAAUAUGGUACCUCGACCUCGAACUAAACCACAAAUGAUUGAUGAUGAAACAAAUAAAAAAUCGAAAUAA